ACCCCGGACUUUUUGCCUGCCGAAGUUAUCCCGAUCUGGAGCCAGCAGCUUUUUGGAAUUGGCGCGCAACACCACCACCACCAUAUCUGGUGAUAGAGAGGAGCUCUUUAAUAACCCCCGCCGUUCCAGCACCCCAGCAGCCAACCGCAAAAAUGCCACCACGACCCUCCCCCCCCCUCUCCUCCCUCCUCAGCGCCCUCACCUCCCUCCGCCUCACCACCCCCCGCCCAUCCCCCCUCCACCAUGCCACCACCACCAUCCGCACCUUCACCACCACCCCAACACUCCAAGGCUCCUGGCUAGAACCAAACCUCCUCCGCAAAAACAAAAUGAUGAAAGGCCGUCCCCGGGUCCCAACCGGCGGCUCAACCAAAGGAACGACCGUCGUCUGGGGCGACUACGGGCUCAGGAUGUGCGACCACGGGAGACGCAUCAGCGCCAAGCACUUCAAGAUGGCCGAGGACACCAUCAAGGCACGGCUCAGGGGGCAAAAGUACAGGUUGUACAAACGAAAGUGCUGCAAUGUGGGGGUGUUUAUUAGUGGGAAUGAGAUGCGCAUGGGCAAAGGAAAAGGCUCCUUCGACCACUGGGCCGCCCGCGUGGCCGCCAACCAGGUCAUCUUCGAGAUCCGCGGCGUCCUCCACGAGCAGGUCAUCCGAGACGCCUUCAGGCUGGCAGGCAACAAGCUGCCCGGCCAGUACGAAAUCAUCACCAAGAACGACCCCCCCGUAGUCGGCAUCACCAAGCUCGAAAACGGUCUCACCCUCGAAGACCUCAAGAGGCCGAGGAAGAAGCUUCCUGCCCCUGUUGUCGAAGAGACAUCCACAUCUGCCACAGAGGCGAGCUCGAGUGCUCCUCCUCCUUCAUAGUUUUACAAAAGGGGGGAGAACGGACAGGAAAAGGGAAUAAUGAACCAAGUGUAUAAAAAUGUUUUAUUAGAAGGGAUAUCAAAAAAAACUGUACAAUCAAUCUAGACACUGAGAGAAAAAAAAUCUCGGUGAGUGAAACAGGGAGACAUUAAAAGGCUGA